GUAUGAGGCGGCAGCCAGCCUUUCCACUGAGUGGUCUUGUUGAUAUUCUGCAUGCCCGUGGGUUCUAACAUCUUGUUCUCUUUGAGGGUAAAUAAGAAUCAAGAUGGGUUUUUCUGGCAAAGGCUUUCCUAUGGAUGCGAAUGGAGACUGGCCCUCCAAAAAAAUCAGGAAACACAGAAGUCGUGAUGUUUCACCUGUACCAUCGCAUUUCUCAGAACCAGCCUCAUUCCUUCAACACAGGGAUGUAAUUGCCAGCCUUCCGUAUCUCCCUGGUGUAAUGCGGCCACUCAGGGAUGAAGAUGAUGAUGAUGAUGUACGGAGUCAUAAGAGCUUGCCAGCAGUAAUGACUGGAAAAACCCUCCAACCCAGAGACAAGAGGUCAUACAGACAUUCUGAGAAUCACAAGAUAUCUGGUUUACCUCCUCUCAUAAGCACCAGGUGCAGUUUGAUUGUGAAAGGCACUGGAUGCAAAACUGUCCCCAAACUCCCACCAAUCACCAAAUCCUGGAAUACUUGGAAGGAAAUAGACCCCCCAAGACCACCUUGUAGGUCUGGAUGCAGGCCCGACAAAAUGGAAUUCAGUUCAGCUAAACCUGUUCAUGCAUUAAUGCAUCCAAAAAUUGUACCUGCCGGGCAGACGUCUCUCUCUUUCAAGGCGCAAGGAAAUGGGCCCUGCUUGCUUCCUGCCAAAGCCUCUGGAGUGUCCCUGAGAUCUCGACUCGCUUUCCAAAGUCCUGUAGUGCAGGCAGUGUACCCUAUCAGUCCUGACACCAUGCAACAGAUGAGGCAAACUGACAGAGCGUGCCAGCCCCUGAGGUCUGUGCUGAAAAAAGCACCAAACGGUGGAGUAUUUGACUGGCCAAUGGCGGCCCACCUGCUGGAGCCAUUUUCUGGGUUCAAGGAGCAUCUGUGCCGCCAGAUCCUACAUUCUCCACUGCCUUAUCUUGCAGCUCUGCCACAGGUCCACUUUCCUUGUCUCCAGGACCAGGUUGAUCUGUUGCCUACACACAGGGGCCCAUAUGGUUCCCCGAUGGAACGCACCGUGGAGCUGUGCAACUCCCAAGGACAGAAGCUUCCCAAAAUCACCAUGACUUGCCCAACGCCUUCUCCAAAAUACCUGUGCCGCACGGAAUUUCGGCAUGCGGCUUAAAGGAACAACCAAGAUGGAUGCAGAGUAAUCUGUCAUGCUUAAUGGGGCUUUAGUGCUGCUCAGUGCAGUUCAAAGUUAAUAUUGCUCCGUGCACAAAGGAUUGCAAAAAGAUCACCAAAAGUUCACCAAGAUCACCAAUUCAUUUUGUUCAGAGGCAAUAAAGCCAAAACAGACAUCUGUGCAAUCUCUUGGCACUUUUCCUGAUUGCUUAGAGAUUAUUAGACUCACGGUCAUAAUGUACUCCUGUGCACAACUCAAGUUAUUGCUGUAUAACCAGUCAUCUUUCAUCUGGUUGCCAUGAAAGCCCUAAGGAUCAUUAACCUGUAGGAACUGGACCCUGGGGGCUGACCUGUUCUGCAGGUACAGGAAGUGCCUCUGAGGAGCAUUAUAAAGUCAUGCCGGACAAUUUCCUGGGUGUGAAGAUCCUGGGGUAGGAAUCAUAUGUCUGUCUUACUGAGGAGGAAUGUAAUCAUUUUUUCUGCCCUCUACUUAGUUUCCAGGGCCUAUCUUUUUUUAAUCAAUACUAUUUUCUCAGUUGAGGAGAAUCUACAGUGUGAUGGGGGGCCAAGGUCCAUCAUAUAAUCUUCUAUAGUAUCUGCCAUGUUUUGGUACAAGAAUGUGUAUUGUUGUGUAUAUGUACAUGUGUAUUUGCUAGAAGUACCAUUAAUAGACCUUUGAUAGAGUAAUAUUGACUUAUUCAAAGAAGUCACCCUCAUUACAUCACCUACUGUAGCAGUGGUUGGGGAUUAUUACAAACUCAGGUACUUGUUCCAAAUUUUUAAGUGAAUCUUUCAGGAGCAGAAUGUGUUUAAAGCAAUAUAAUACGUUACAUUUAAAGUUGCAUUAUAAAAAUGAAUUAUUUUAAAUUGAUUAGUUGUCAGGAGAUUCAUGUUCAUUGCACAUUUGAUCUGAAGUGCUACCAUUGCUCCCAACAUCGUUGCCACGAGGGAAACUUGUAUAAAAAGAAAGCAAUCAGUUUGUUUUGAAAAUUUCUUAAUAGUGAAUUGAUUUUGAAUUAAUUUUUUGAAGAUUAGAAGAAAAUUUAAAUGAGGAUAUGUUGAAUAUUUGUCAUUGCUUCAGUGAAUUUGCAUUCUAAAGACAUUUUGUUACACUUGCUCUUUCCCCAACCCUUCAAUUAUUUACCAUAUAUAAAGCUGCCAUGUCAUUUAAAAGUCAGAUCUAACCAGAACGCUUUAUAAUAUUAUAGUUCUAUUGUUUUACUUUUAUUUAGACCAAUACUGUUGAGGAGGAGAGUUUGUAAGUGAUUUCUAAUGAUUAAAGGGAUAUGGGAACGUGUUCAUAUUAUUGAUAAA